AUGUACCGCUCAAUGAAGUCCCUGGCCCUACUUGGCCUUCUGGCCCCGGCUUACGCCCACCCGGCCAGCGGUCAUAAGUCGACGCUCGCUCGCCGCGGCGUUGACAUCGAGUCGUUCCGUCUUCCCCAGCUCGGCUCUUACACCAACGCGACCCAGACGGAGACGAGCCCGCCCAUCGCGCUUCUCAAGCGUCAGAGCUACGUCGACACGGCCACUGAGCUUGUCAAGAAGCUCGCUCCCAACGCUGAGUUCCGCGUCGUUGGAGAUCACUACGUUGGCACCAAUGGCAUUGCCCACGUCAACUUCAAGCAGACUGCUCACGGACUCGACAUUGACAACGCCGACUUCAACGUUAACAUCGGCAAGGAUGGCAAGGUUUUCUCUUUCGGCAACAACUUCUUCUCCGGAGAGAUCCCUGAGGCCAGCCCACUGAACAAGAGGGAGUUCAAGGACCCCGUCUCAGCUCUUAACGGCGCCAAGGAUGUUCUCCAGCUGCCCGUUGAGUCCGCCGAUGCCUCCGCCGAGGCCAAGGAGGGCAAGGAGAUCUAUGCGAUCAAGGGAACAAGUGGUGCUGUCGCUGAUCCUGAGGCCAAGCUCGUCUACUUGGUCAAGGGUGAUGGCAAGCUUGCCCUCACCUGGCGUGUUGAGACUGACAUUGUCGACAACUGGCUCCUGACUUACGUCGAUGCUGAGACCAGCGGUGAAGUUCACGGCGUUGUCGACUAUGUCUCCGACUUGGCGAACUACCGCGUCUACCCUUGGGGCGUUAACGACCCUACCGAAGGUAGCCGCUCACUUGUUACCGAUCCCUGGGACAUCGCCGCCUCCGAGUUCACUUGGCACAGCGACGGCCCGGGAUCCAACUACACGACGACCCGUGGCAACAACGCUAUUGCGCAGUCCAACCCAAGCGGCGGAAGCUCCUACCUCAACAACUACCGUCCCAACAGCCCUUCCCUCAACUUCGACUACGAGUACUCCACGAGCCUAACGACCCCGUCAACCUACAUUGAUGCAUCGAUCGCACAGUUGUUUUACACGGCCAACCACUACCACGACUUGCUUCACGAGCUUGGCUUCAACGAGCGGGCUGGCAACUUUGAGAUCAACAACAACGGUGCAGGCGGCGCCGGCAACGACUACGUCAUCCUCAACGCCCAGGAUGGAUCCGGUACCAACAACGCGAACUUCGCUACGCCUCCUGAUGGACAGCCCGGACGCAUGAGGAUGUACCUCUGGACGACCGCGACUCCCCGCCGCGACUGCAGCUUCGAGGCCGGUGUCGUUAUCCACGAGUACACCCACGGCCUGUCAACUCGUUUGACUGGUGGCCCGGCCAACUCCGGCUGCUUGAGCGCUCUCGAAUCCGGUGGUAUGGGUGAGGGCUGGGGUGACUUCAUGGCCACCGCCAUCCGCCUCAAGCCUGCCGACACUCGUGCCAAGGACUACUCGAUGGGAGCUUGGGUUAACAACAACCCCGCCGGUAUCCGUUCUGUCCUCUACUCCACCUCUUUGACCACCACUCCCAACACCUACUCCACCAUCAACGGCCUCACUUCUGUCCAUGCCAUUGGAACCACAUGGGCGGUGAUGCUGUACGAGGUCCUCUGGAACCUGAUCGACAAGCAUGGCAAGAAUGACGGCCCUCGCCCUUCAUUCGACGCCAACGGUGUCCCCACCGACGGAAAGUACCUCACUCUCAAGCUCGUCAUCGACGCCAUGGCUCUGCAACCCUGCUCUCCCAACUUCAUCCAGGCCCGUGACGCCAUCCUCGACGCCGACACUGCUCUUACUGGUGGUGACAACCAGUGCGAGAUCUGGACAGCCUUUGCCAAGCGUGGCCUUGGUUCCGACGCCGUCUACAGCUCCUCGAACCGCCGCAAUGGCUUCACGAUCCCCACUGGCGUCUGCUGA